AUGUCAGCUGGAAGUUCAAGCGAUCUGCUGGAGAAGCUUCGCCAGCUGCAUGAAUAUUCUCCCUGCGAUGUCUCGGAUGCUCUCCUCAAGCUCCAAAAGCCUAAAUCAGGCGAGGUCGCAAGAGCCGGGUUCCUGGCAGAUAUUGUGCCUAUCCCACCAUCACAGGGACUCGCAGCGGAUGUUAGCGCAUCCCACAAGGUGAUUGCACCUGCAUGCACGCUGAAACUGGUAUCAAAGAAUUCGCCGCCAGCAUCAACGCCGCCAGCCGAGAAUGCAAUACCCAAGGGAAGCCAUUGGGUAGACCUAACUGAACCUGGCAGCAUUGUCGUCAUUGAUCAGCCAGAAGGACAAAAAUGUGCGGCUGUUGGUGGUAUCAUGGCACAAAGGAUGAAAAAAAGAGGUGUGGCAGGUUGCAUCAUUGGCGGUCGUGUCAGAGAUAUGGCUGAACUGAAGAGUUCUCAACUUCCGAUCUUUGCACUGGGAAAGUCAACAGUGGGGACGGGUGCUGAAUCGACAGUAUAUGCUCGCAACGUUCCAGUAUCCAUAAGUGGUGUCACUGUCUCUCCGGGCGACAUUGUCUUCUGUGACCCUGUAGAAGGCAUUGUUGUCAUCCCGCAGGAACUGCUUGAUGAAACUUUGUCGCUGAUGCCCAAGUUGGUGUCGGCUGACGAUAAAGUGAAAGAAGCUGUAGAAAACGGGAUGACUGUGGCAGAGGCAUUCAAAAACUUCAGAGGGUGA